AUGUCCUACAACAUCCCGAUCAACCAGGUCGACCCGACCGCACCCACUCCGCAGAACACCCCCUUGCAGCAUGCGCCGAUCGCCCAGGGUCUCUCGCGCCCAACGGUCCCCGACAUCACGGAGGACAAUGAAGGAGAGGAAGAGGAGUCCACCGGCGCAAUCCAGCAAGCGAUGCUUGGGCUCGUCCAUGGAAAGCUCUCGGGGCUCGUCGGCAAAAGCUCUGGCUACAUCGAGAGCCUGCCGGUAGAGGUGAAGAAGAACAUCGAGGCUCUCAAGGGCGUGCAGGUCAAACAGGUCGAGCUGCAGAAUCAGUAUAAGCGCGAGUGCCUCGAACUCGAGAAGAAGGUGCGUCCGUUGUAUGACCGCCGUCAUGCGAUCAUCACUGGUGCGGCACAACCCACUCCCGAAGAGAUCGAGGCUGGUGAAAAGCAGUCGAUCAAGGAUGAUCCCGACUACACCCCCCUCCCGAAGGAUGUGCAGCCUGCUCCCGCUGGCAUCCCCGAGUUCUGGCUCACUGCUCUUCGUACACACGCCCACUUUGGCGAAGUCAUCACCGACCGCGAUGCUGACGCCCUCAAGUCGCUCAUCGAUAUCCGCAUCGAGUAUCUGCCUAGUACAGAACCCAAACCUGGCUUCAAGCUACUGUUCAAGUUCGCACCCAAUGAUUAUUUUGAGAACGAAGUGCUCGAGAAGACGUACUUGUACCAGGAGGAGGUCGGCUACUCCGGCGACUUUAUGUACGAUCGCGCUAUCGGCACGGAGAUAAAGUGGAAGGAGGAUAAGGACCUGACAAAGGAGUUUGAGGUCAAGAAGCAACGCAACAAGAACACCAAUCGCACUCGUCUAGUCAGGAAAGCGCGCCCCACCGCGUCCUUCUUUAAUUUCUUCUCGCCACCCCAGCCCCCCUCAGACGAGGCCAUCGAGAGCGGUGAGCUUGAUGAGGAUGAGCUUGAGGAGCUCGAGGAGAAGCUGGAGAUUGACUACCAGCUCGGUGAGGACAUCAAGGAGAAGAUCAUUCCUCGUGCAAUUGACUACUUCACUGGCAAGGCGCUCGAGUACGAGGACUUCGACGAUGAUGACGAUGACUUCGAAGACAUCGAUGAUGAGGACGACGAUGAGGACGAGUUCGAGGAUGACGUAUGUUUGUACCAGGAUUCCGACUCCGAUGGUGAUAUCCCCGCGAGGAGACGUGCGCCCCCCAAGGGCCGCGGCGCCGGCGCGAAUCAGAACGUCAACCCUGAGGAAUGCAAGCAGCAGUGA